AUGAAAUUAUCUGUCCUCACAUUUGUCGUAGAUGCAUUACUUGUCUGCAGCUCAAUAGUAGAUGCCGGUGUUACAGAUUUUCCAUCCUUACCAAGUAAUGAAGUCUAUGUCAAAAUGAAUUUUCAGAAGAAAUACGGCAGUUCAUUUGAAAACGCUUUGGAUGAUACAAAAGGUAGAACGCGUUUGAUGACAAGAGAUGAUGAUUACGAGCUGGUGGAACUGACUAAUCAAAACAGUUUUUAUUCGGUGGAAUUAGAUAUUGGCACCCCUCCUCAAAAAGUUACUGUGCUUGUCGACACUGGUUCUUCUGAUCUAUGGGUCACGGGUUCAGACAACCCAUACUGUUCCACUAAAAAGAAGGAUACCACUGGCUCAUCCUUUAAACAAGUAAACAAGGAUGCUUUGGCUAGCGUGGUUGAGAGUGUGUUUACUGAAAUUAGCUACGACACCACUAUAGUUACCAGCGAAGCCACUGCUACUUUUGAUAGUACAGCUUCUACAUCACAGUUAAUUGACUGCGCUACAUACGGGACAUUUAAUACCUCUAAGUCGUCUACAUUCAACUCCAAUAAUACAGAAUUUUCGAUCGCCUAUGGUGAUACGACUUUUGCAUCUGGUACCUGGGGCCAUGAUCAAUUGAGCUUGAACGAUUUGAACAUUACGGGUUUAUCAUUUGCUGUAGCAAACGAAACAAACUCAACAGUUGGUGUCUUGGGUAUUGGUUUGCCUGGCUUGGAGUCAACUUAUUCUGGUGUUUCUCUCAGCUCUGUACAAAAAAGCUACACUUACAAUAACUUUCCGAUGGUGCUAAAGAAUUCGGGUGUAAUAAAAUCAACAGCUUAUUCUUUAUUCGCAAAUGAUUCUGAUUCGAAACAUGGUACCAUUUUGUUUGGCGCUGUGGAUCAUGGAAAAUAUGCGGGCGACCUAUACACAAUUCCCAUCAUUAAUACUUUGCAGCAUCGCGGCUACAAGGAUCCAAUUCAAUUCCAAGUCACUUUACAAGGAUUAGGUACGUCGAAAGGGGAUAAAGAAGACAAUCUGACAACCCUAACCACUACAAAGAUCCCAGUCCUGCUAGAUUCAGGUACGACCAUAUCGUAUAUGCCAACUGAGCUGGUAAAAAUGCUUGCCGACCAGGUCGGAGCUACUUACUCUUCUGCAUAUGGUUACUACAUAAUGGAUUGUAUCAAAGAGAUGGAAGAAGAGAGUAGCAUCAUCUUUGAUUUUGGUGGAUUCUAUCUUUCUAAUUGGUUAAGCGAUUUUCAGCUAGUCACAGAUAGUCGUUCAAACAUUUGUAUACUAGGUAUUGCACCGCAGUCAGAUCCGACCAUUAUUUUGGGUGAUAACUUCUUAGCUAAUACUUACGUGGUAUAUGAUCUGGACAAUAUGGAGAUAUCAAUGGCUCAGGCUAACUUCAGCGACGACGGUGAAUACAUUGAGAUUAUAGAGAGCGCGGUUCCAAGUGCUCUUAAAGCACCUGGUUACUCAAGCACUUGGUCUACAUAUGAAAGUAUUGUCUCCGGCGGCAACAUGUUUUCCACGGCAGCUAACUCCAGUAUAUCGUACUUUGCUUCCACGUCUCAUUCGGCAACAAGUUCUUCCAGCUCCAAAGGCCAAAAAACCCAAACAAGUACGACAGCUCUCUCUAUUUCAAAAUCUACCUCAAGUACUUCCUCAACAGGAAUGUUAUCUCCCACCUCAAGUUCAUCUACGAGAAAAGAAAACGGAGGACACAAUCUGAAUCCUCCAUUUUUCGCCAGGUUCAUUACAGCUAUUUUUCAUCACAUUUGA